AUGAGCAACAGACCGUGUUCGAAGCGCGCGUGUACUCUCACGUGGUCCGUGCUGGAGUGUGUGUUCUUCGCCGGCGUGGUGCUGGGUUGGUCCUGGCUCAUGGUCGUCUUCAGAUCAGACAAAUACUUUGUGGAUUUGUGUAACAUCACUGACCUCGAUCUGGGCCCCGGGGAGCUGCUUAAAGGAAUCUACCAGACAACAACCAAAGCCCCGGUCAGACGAAAACCCUGUCGAAAACCAAACCGCAGACAACGUGACGUCACAGAAGACGUGCAAGUUUACAGUGCCUAUUACACAAACCUCAAACAUGCGUCCACUGUGGCUGUGUAUGACGUCACGACAGUCGCAGCCAAUGAGGAAGCUGAGAAUUCUACGAGAAAGGAUUUCAUUGGUUGUUGGGAGCAGAACGAGCAGCUGCGGGUGUUGUUUGCCCUGGUGGUGAUCAUCCGAGACGUUCUUGUGUUUCCGAUUGGAAUAUUCUUUGACAAGUAUGGUACCACACGGACCCGGCUGCUCACGGUGUUGGUGUUUGCUGUGGGAACGCUGAUGAUGACCUUCACGGGUGCAGCCUUCCCCUGGUUGAUCGUCCCCGCGAUGAGUCUGACCGGUGUCGCCGGCACCGCCGUCCUCCUCACCAACCUCCAGAUCGCGAACUUAUUCGGCCGGCGGAGACACACAGUCAUGUCAGCAUACGCCGGUGCUUCGGUCUCCAGUGCCCUCAUCACAUUUCUCAUGAAGCUGUCUCAUUUCAUCGGUGUCAACAUCCAGACCUCCUUCAUGUUUCUCACCAUUGGCAUCGUCCCCAUGCUCGUCUCAACCAUCGCCUUCCUGCCCAAGACCAAGAUCCCCUGGCCCCUCCCACUGGACUACGGCAAGCGCCGCAACCAAUCACUGGACGAGACGAUGCUCCGGAAGCAGAGGGCAUGGCAACGGAGAAUGUCGGAAGCUGGGAUAUCCCGAUUCCGCAGGCCUCAACCCCAGUUCUCGCCGGUGCUGGUUCAGUCUCUUUAUAUCUGGUCGGUUGUGUGGUACGGGGUCCAUCAUCUGCAGACAGCCAUGUUUGAGUCCAGGUUCAUUGACCUCACCAACCCCGACAUCGACGAAGGUGUUGACUAUGAACAGCUCUACGGCAGUGUGCAAAUAUUCGCCGUGGUUCUCUCCCCUGUUGCUGGCUUGUGGAUAGACAAAUACAGGAGAAGAGAGUUAGGAGUUCCUGCUGGUACGCAACAAAUGCAGAAUAUACUUCCGGUUAUGUUUACUACGUCAGCACUUUCUGUGUUUGAACUGGUGGCGUCCAUGGUAACGGAUCAACUAGCAGCCCGCAUAGCCUCGUUUUUCUUCAACCUCCUCCACCGCGUGUUCCUCCUCACAACCACGUGUGCUUUCCUCAUGCAUGUGCACUUUCCCCAGCAACAUUUCGGCAAACUGUUUGGUGUGAUGACGGCGGUAUCGUCAAUAAUCGGAGCCUUCCAGUUUCCCAUGAGGAACUUCCUCAUUAAAAAAUACACAGACACACUGCAGGUGAACAUCUUGCUCCUCUGUCUGUCCGUGGUGUCAAUGGGACACCCCCUUAACGUCUGGUACCAGUGCCGGCGCAGACUGAUCAGAGACCCCUCUAGACACGAGGAUCGACAACGACGCGAAGUCAGCACUACGCAUCUGACGUCACACCAGGAUGUGGAUGACACACGUAUCCCAGAAGGCAACGGUGAAGUAAUGGAGUCUAUGCCGGAACUACUUCCGCGGGAAAUCCCCGACACUAAUGGAGACAUUGUUGUCGUAUAUGACGGAUCUGAUCGCCACGCGGAGGAAGUGAACGACACCCAUAUCUGAAGGAAACACUAGUUUUUGGACACAUUCCGAAGUUAAUAUUAAAUCAACUACGGGACUUGAACUGAACAUACCUUUACUCUGCGUUCAGUUCCUCGUGGGGUAAUGUUGAAAUUGUUUUGUAUAUUAGACUGGCAGGGAGAUUUUAGGUUAUGAUCUAGAACUCACUCAGAUCGUGACGAGUUUGGUUUAACGCCGCGUUGAACAGUAUUCCAGUUAUGUCACGGCGAGUCAGCUUAAUGUUUGAGGAAAGUU